AUGACUUAUCUUUACCCAAGAGACCCGUGGAAUUUCAUCUUCCGACAGGCUUCUCUGACAGUUGGUGUGGGGAUGUUCAGCUUUUCCAGGUAUGGCAGGGACUUCUAUACCUCACACUAUGAAGGCAAAGUGAAGAAGCUCCACAAAAAAUCUUCCAGUGACUAUUCCAUUUUUGAUAACUAUUAUAUUCCUGAAAUCACUAGUGUUUUACUUCUGCGAUCCUGUAAGACUUUAACCCAUGAGAUUGGACAUAUAUUUGGACUGCGACACUGCCAGUGGCGUGCAUGCUUAAUGCAAGUCUCCAACCACUUGGAAGAAGCUGGCAGGCUCCCUCUAAACCUUUGCCCUAUCUGCUCAUGCAAGUUACAGUGUUCCAUUGGCUUCAGUAUUGUAGAAAGAUACAAGGCACUGGCAAGGUGGAUCGACGAUGAAUCCAUUGACACACCAAGAGCAACUCCAAAGCAUAGUCGUGAGAACAGUGUGAAUUUGCCAAAGCCCGUGGAAGCCUUUCAGGAAUGGAAACAGUGGAUAAUGAAAUGCCUUGCUGUACUCCAAAAAUAA